GUCACAAGUUAAUUUUAUCAUGACAUUUCUAUUUUCAUAGAAGUGACAUUUCAAAAUAAAAUUCUUUUUGACAUUCUGCUUUUGCAUUCUCAAAAUAAAAAAGCCGGCGGCAACAAGUCACAAGACUUUGUUGCUCUCAGAAUUAAAUAAUAAAUUCUUAGUACCUAUAUUCAUCAAGUUUGACUUAAUUUAAAUAACUUACUAAAAAUACAAUGGCUUUUUUACCGAAACCGAGACCUGUAUUUGCAGUUGCAAGAUAUUACGCAAAAACUCGGAUCUUAUCAGGAUCUAUACGAAAUUUAAUGUCAAAACAACUGGUAUACAGCGAAUUUGGAGAUCCUUUACAUGUUGUAAAGAUAAGAGAAAGUGAAGUUCCUGAUUUGGGCUCUCAGGAUGUACUCGUUCGCAUGUUAGCCGCACCAAUCAAUCCAGCUGAUAUAAACACCAUUCAAGGUAAAUACCCAGUCAAAUUGGAAUUGCCUUGUAUUCCUGGAAAUGAAGGAGUUGGAAUUAUUGAGAAGGUUGGGGAACAUGUAUCUGGAUUAAAACCAGGAAACAAAGUUAUAGUUACAAAACCUGUUCAAGGAACUUGGAGGAACAUUGGUACAUUUAACCAAUCUUCAUUGAAGGUUGUGCCAGAUGAUAUAGGAUUAGUGGAAGCUGCCACUCUCACUGUUAAUCCGUGCACUGCUUAUAGAAUGCUAUCAGAUUUCCAACCAGUUCAGACCCAUAAUAUUGUUGUCAUACAGAAUGGAGCUAACAGUGCUUGUGGCCAAUGUGUCAUUCAGAUCUGCAAGGCAUGGGAUGUGAAAACUAUUAACAUUGUUAGGGACAGGCCAGAUAUACAUGAAUUAAAGAAUCAUUUAUAUACCUUGGGAGCUACUUUUGUCCUAACAGAAGAAGAAUUGAGAACAACAAAAAUUUUUAAAGAAGAAAAAAUUGAGAAACCGAAGCUGGCUUUAAACUGUGUUGGAGGGAAAAGCUCAUUAGAGAUGUUACGGCACUUACAACAUUCCGGGAGCAUGGUUACCUAUGGAGGAAUGUCGAGGGAACCAGUUACCAUUCCAACAUCUGCAUUUAUUUUCAAAAACAUAGCAUUAUUUGGUUUCUGGAUGACUGCAUGGAAUGAAAUGGCUAGCAGCUCAGCUAAAGAAGAAAUGAUGUCCCAUUUAAUCAGUUUGAUAUCGGAGAAAAAACUGAAAGCCCCAGUGCACAAAUUGGUAAAAUUUGAUCAUUUCCAGAAGGCCAUCGGUGAAACUCUAACUACCAAAGGAUUCCAAGGAUGCAAAUAUAUUUUAGACUUUAAUUAAACAUAUUAUGUUAAUUUUAAUAUUGUAUUAAUUUAUGUUCAAAAUAAAUUUGUUUAAAAUUUUCUGUUUAUAUAUCUUAUUAAUUUCUUAAAAUAGAUUUGUUCAUUCUAUUUAAGUAAUUCUUUGUCAUAUUUUUAUAACAUUGAAAUUGGUAAUGUGAGUUUUUCUUAUUACUUUUCAGGAAAAAACCCUUGUUUGCCAACUCUACCAAGUGUACCAGGAGAUGAAGGUGUUGGUGAAGUUGUAGAAGUGGGUAAACAUGUCUGUAGAGUGAAGUUUGGUGACAGAGUUGUCCUAUCAUCCAGGCUGCUAGGCUCAUGGCGGUACUAUGGUGUUUAUAAUGAAAGGGAUGUCCAUCAGAUCUCAAAGAAUCUUCCUCUUCCUGAAGCUUCCAUGUUGUCAAUAGCCCCAUGUAUGGCAUACAGGCUGCUAAAUGAUUUUAGAAAUGUAGAGCAUGGAGAAACAAUCAUACAAAAUGCUGCAAAUAGCCCGUGUGGUCAAUCUGUUAUACAGCUGUGUAGAGCUCGAGGCAUAAACACUUUUAACAUUGUUGCUAGUCACUGUGGGUAUGAAGCGGUGAAAGCAUAUUUGCUUAGUCUAGGAGCUACUGCAGUGUUUACUUUAGAAGAAGCAGAAGAGCUCACUGCCUUCGACACAUCCUUAGCUAGACCUGUACUUGCCUUAAAUUGUUUAGGUGGUAGAUACGAAGAUGUCAUGCUAAAAUUACUUGAACGAAAUGGAGCUAUAGUUUAUUAUGGAUGUGGCUAUGAUCUACCUAUAGCAAAACAGUUUUUACGGUGCGAUGCAGAGUUCUAUAGAUUUCAUAUUCACGAAUGGGAAGGAUGUGCUUCCUGUGUGGAAAAAGACAUUAUGUACAAAGCAAUAACACAACAAAUGGUACAAGGUAAUUUCAAGGCUCCUGUAUAUCAAGCUGUAGAACUGAAAGAUUACAUUUAUGCUUUGAGAAAUACUCUGCAUUGUGAAGCAUUUACGACUUUGAAUUAUGUUUUUGACUUUACGGUGUAAUACCAUGAAGUUGAUUUUAACUAAAUUGUUUUUAUUUACGAAUGCAACUCGUGAUUAAAAAAAAUUUUGAUGACAGAUUUGUGACAGUAAAGAAGUGUCAAUCAUGAAUCAAUGUGACAUUCGAAUAAACAAAACAGUGUUUUAAAAAGCUGUUUAAAAAAUAAAGGCAUCGUAAAAAACAGAAAAUAAAAGUACCUACUGAUUAUCUCUUAAUGAUUAAAGGUAAAUAGACCACAAAUAUAAAUAAAUGAGCACGCUUGAUAAUUUAACUACCCUAACAUGAAGAGUAUAAUAACAUUGUACCUAGCGUACAAAUUAUAUUGAAUUUGUAUCAUACAGUAUUGUUAACAGUAGCUAUGUAACAUGGACAAAAAUGCGUAUGAGACUUACGAAUUUCUACCAUCCAAUGGUAGUGAAACUGAACCGGACCAGUUUUUCGUUCUUCAAGAUGAUGGAACUUUUCUCUUAAAUAGACAGAUCCAAUAUGUAGCUCAGGUACAGGAUGUAAAAGAAGUGCUGGAGGAUGUCCAACCAUGUACAGUGUAUGGAGUGUCUUCACAACAGUUCUUUGUAGAUGUUGACAAUUCUGCUGAACUCAUCUCUGUGUCUGGUGACUUUGAACAAAAUCAGUUCAUAUUACCAGACGGAGAUAAUGGCCUGUACAGCAAUAGUUUUCUUUUGCAACCAAGCACAAGCAGCACAACAGAACCGAUGGAGGAGGAUGUGAUUGUUGAUGAGUAUAAACAGCAAAACACACAGGAUGUUGAUGUCGACAUAGAUGUUGUUACACACACUAGUAAACAAGGGAAUAAUUUUACUGAGAUAACACUAAGCGAUGAGCAGUACCAAAUGUUGGAACAGAAAGGCUGGAUACUACUGGAAUCUAAUGACAAAAUAUUUGUACUAAAUACUUUGGGACUUCAUGACAUCACUACUAAUGAUAAACUAGUACAGAAAUUGAAAAACGAGACUCAAAAUGGUGCUGGCAGCAUUUUGGGCGUUGAUGAAGGAACUCUUAAGAUUGAAAGUAUUUCGGGUCAGUUCCCCCACAUUGGAGGAGAGUCAUUCUCCAGUCAACAAGAUACUGUGGAGUUUGUGAUAAAGAGUGACGAGCCAAGCGAUACCAUAGAAUGCGUACAGUUAAUCGUCGAUGAGAAAGAUUCACCUGAAAAUACAAUUUCAGACGUAGCCACAGAAAAAUACGAGAAUGUAACUAUGAAAGAAGAAUAUCCCAGCGACUCUUUAAUAAGAGAGAUACUUGCACAACAGAAACCAAACAUUUCACUUCAUCAAUCAGACAACGAACCGCGAUCUAUUAAAAUUAAAACCAAACUUACAUUCAAAGAUAUUCCUGAAAAAAUCGUACUGGGAAAAUCUGCCAAUGGAAAGCGAUUAGUAGCUAAAGUUAAAAACCCACAAUCAAACAUCCGUGAACAUAAGACCGAAAAGUCUGAAGAUGAACAAGUUUUGAAACAAGUAGAGGAAAAUCAACAGUAUAACGUGACAGGGCUACAUGAAAUGGACUUCGUGAAUCUCAUCCAAACAACGUUACGAGCCGGUAUUCAGCCGAGUUUCACUGAAGAGGAUAUUGCAUCCGCCGAGGGUGUCAUCACACAACUACUUAAGAUGCCAAACUUGAAGCAUUUCCUAGUUGGAUACGACUUGAUUAUAACUAAGGCGAAGAACAAUAAGGAUGAAUUUGGUUUGAUUUACAAUAGAAGCUCAGUAUCGUUUAUAACGGGGCGUGUGGCAGACAAGGAAGGAUCCCCAGGGUUUGAACACGUACCUAAUCUACUCCAGACUAUUAAACAGAAAGCAGAAGAACGAAACGUUUCACAAAGCGACGAGGUAUACAGCUGCAUCGAAGAGAAAGAAGCCAAGGAGAAUUUCACCAUCUACCACAUCCACAUUACGGAAACGAAGUGCUCUGAUAAUGUAGUCCGGGUCUCCGUCACAUUAAAUAAACGACAACUGCCUGUGAAUUUGGUGUUUGAUCUCAAAAAACGUUACCCCACCACUGUAUUCGGAUGCAGUUCUUGUGCAGCCCUCUUCAAAACUGAGCAAACUUUGAAAGAACACCAAGAGAACUGUAUAAACACCGAUGAUAUGUUGACUAUCGAUACUACUAAUAAUACUAAUUCGGACAACGAUGAUGACGUCAUUAUCGUCAAAACUGGCAAAGAAACUGUAUUCUCCUGUGCACAGUGUAAUGUAACAUUCACGAAGCUGAGCAACAUACAAAGGCAUAUGAAAUCACAUCUAGGUACAAAACAACAGAUUCUUCAAACAACCAGAGUACUUAAACAAAGUCUAGACCCAAAAAUGAAACCUGCAAAAAUAUUCAAGUGUAAAAUGUGUCCAAGCACUUACUUUCAUUCAGCUUCUCUUUCGAAACACAUAGUUACUAGACAUAUUAAAGUGAAAGCAAAUAAAAAUGAAAGCUAA